AUGCCUCUCAUUCAGAACGCGCCCGAUGCGCUGCCCUACGUCGACGCACCAGUGUCGGAAGAGGCAUUGCACAACGCCAAUGCUUUAAUCCAAGCCGAAAUCGACCCAGCGCACGCGAACUCCGCCCAUCCUUCCAUACCAGCUCUGAGAGAGUCCAAAUUUUCAGAGCUGGUCGACGCAGAACAUGCGCGCAUUGCUGCGGGACAACCGAAAAGCCAGGGACUUGAUCUGAGCCGCUAUGAGCUGCUAGAUCCCCCAGCCAAAGGAGACCUGCCAGCGUGGAAUGAUACCCUACAAAAAGCGUAUGCCAGUGCCGAGUAUCUGCGCGGUCGCGAAGUCAACCUUGGCCUGCUAGAGACUUACGGAAAAAAUGCCUGGUUGAUCGGCAACAGCCAGCUAGAGGAUGAGCUCAAGGCUGUGGAAAAAGAGCUCGACAUGGCCAAGAUCGAACAAGAGCAGCUUGAGGAAAGCCGGCGCAAGGCCCAAGGCAACGCGGCAGCUGAAUUGCAGGGCCUCGAGGAAGCAUGGAAGACUGGCGUCGGUAGGAUGAUUGAAACGCAGGCCGCUGCUGAGCGCUUGCGUCUCGAGAUCCUGCAGAGGAAGCGACAGGGCGUGGCGUGA